GCAUUUUGGAACUGGGUGGAAAACUAUCCGGAUGAAUUUACUAAGCUAUACCAGACACCACAGACAGAUCUGUCAGAUUGUGCAGAGAAGCUGUUUGAUUUGGUAGAUGGAUUUGCUGAAAGCACGAAACGCAAAGCAGCUGUUUGGCCCUUGCAAAUUAUCCUCCUCGUCCUUUGUCCAGAAAUCAUCCAAGACAUUGCGAAGGAUUUAGUAGAGGAAAACAAAAUGAACAAGAAACAAUUCUUGGACAACCUCAGGAAGGCGCUGGCGGGCCACAGCGGAAGUAGGCAGCUAACUGAAAGUGCAGCCAUCGCUUGUGUAAAAUUGUGCAAAGCAUCAACAUACAUCAGCUGGGAAGACAAUUCAGUGAUUUUUCUUCUAGUGCAGUCCAUGGUAGUAGAUCUCAAGAACCUGCUCUUCAACCCUAGCAAGCCUUUCUCCAGAGGCAACCAGAAUGCAGACAUAGACCUCAUGAUCGACUGCUUAGUGUCCUGCUUCCGAAUCAACCCCCACAAUAACCAACACUUCAAGACUUGCCUGGCACAGAAUUCCCCAUCCACGUUUCAUUAUGUGCUGGUAAAUUCACUCCACCGCAUAAUUACAAAUUCUGCAUUAGAUUGGUGGCCCAAGAUUGAUGCUGUCUAUUGUCAUUCCGUGGAACUCCGCAGCAUGUUCAGUGAAACUCUCCAUAAAGCUUUACAGGGCUCUGGUGUGCAUACCCCAAUCCGUAUGACCCCGAGUCUUACAUUUAAAGAGAAAAUGACAAGCCUGAAGUUUAAAGAAAAACCUACAGAUGUUGAAACCAGAAGUUAUAAAGUUUUGUUGUUAUCUAUUGUAAAACUGAUCCACGCUGACCCAAAACUCUUACUCUACAAUCCAAAGAAACAGGGGCCUGACACCCAAGGAAGCACGGCUGAACUCAUAACGGGCCUUGUCCAGCUUGUCCCACAAGCCAGUAUGCCAGAAAUAGCACAAGAGGCCAUGGAGGCCUUGCUUGUGCUUCAUCAAUUAGACAGCAUUGACUUGUGGAACCCUGAUGCACCCAUCGAAACGUUCUGGGAAAUCAGUUCACAAAUGCUAUUUUGUAUAUGCAAGAGACUAACGAGCAAUCAGAUUCUCAGCAGCACGGAAAUCCUCAAAUGGUUGCGAGAGAUUUUGAUCUGCAGGAACAAAUUUCUUCUGAAAAACAAACAGUCAGAUAGAAGCUCCUGCCCUUUUCUCUUCCUUUACGGGGUAGGAUGUGAUGUCUCUGGAGGUGGAGCUAAUCAAAUUUCUCUUGACCACGAAGAGAUGAUGCGCUGUAUCCCAGGAGCUCCGCUCAGGAAGGGCAAAGGAAGUUUCUGCAUGGAAAGCACCGUAGGCUGCAGUGGGACACCAAUAUGUCGCCAAGCCCAGACCAAGUUGGAGGUUGCCUUGUAUAUGUCUCUCUGGAGCCCUGACACCGAGGCAGUGCUUGUGGCAAUGUCCUGUUUCCGACAUCUCUGCGAGGAAGCAGAUAUCAGGUGUGGAGUAGAUGAGGUGUCAGUUCACAACUUCUUGCCCAACUAUAAUACCUUUAUGGAGUUUGCUUCUGUGAGCAAUAUGAUGUCUACAGGAAGAACGGCUCUUCAGAAGAGAGUGAUGGCCCUGCUCAGGCGUAUUGAACAUCCAACAGCAGGUAACACGGAGGCUUGGGAAGAUACACAUUUUAAAUGGGAGGCGGCUACAAAAUUGAUCCUCAACUAUCCAAAGACUAAGAUGGAAGAUGGCCAGGUUGCUGAAAGCCUUCACAAGACAAUCGUCAAGAGGCGGAUGUCCCAUGUCAGCGGUGGAGGCUCCAUAGACCUGUCCGACACAGACUCUUUGCAAGAGUGGAUCAACAUGACCGGCUUUCUGUGCGCCCUGGGCGGAGUGUGCUUGCAGCAUCGCGGCAACACGCCCUUUCCAUCCUACAGUCCCCCCAUGGGCCCUGUGAGCGAGCGGAAAGGCUCCAUGAUCUCCAUGCUGUCGACGGACGGCAACACCGAGACUCCUGUGAGCAAGUUCAUGGAUCGCUUGUUGUCCCUGAUGGUCUGCACCCACGAGAAAGUGGGCCUGCAGAUACGGACCAACAUUAAGGACCUCGUCGGCCUGGAGCUGAGCCCUGCCCUCUACCCAACGCUUUUCAACAAAUUAAAGAACAACAUCAGCAAGUUCUUCGACUCGCAAGGGCAGGUCUUAUUAAACGAUACCAAUACCCAGUUUGUGGAGCAGACCAUCGCGAUCAUGAAGAACCUGCUUGAUAACCACACCGAAGGCAGCUCGGAACACCUUGGGCAAGCCAGGAUUGAGACCAUGAUGCUGAAUCUAGUUAGAUACGUGCGUGUCCUUGGGAACCUGGUGCAUGCAAUUCAGAUCAAAACCAAACUCUGCCAACUUGUGAAGGUAAUGAUGGAGAGGCGAGACGAUCUGUCCUUCUGUCAAGAAAUGAAAUUCAGGAACAAGAUGGUGGAAUACUUGACCGACUGGGUUAUGGGAACAUCCAACCAGGCUACAGAUGAGGAUGUGAAAUGUCUGACAAGAGACUUGGACCAGGCAAGCAUGGAAGCUGUUGUCUCUCUUCUGGCCGGGCUUCCACUUCAACCAGAAGAAGGAGAUGGAGUUGAAUUGAUGGAAGCUAAAUCCCAACUAUUCCUCAAGUACUUCACCCUGUUUAUGAACCUCCUUAAUGACUGCAGUGAAGUGGAAGAUGAGAGUGCACAAACAGGCGGCCGGAAACGUGGGAUGUCUCGAAGAUUGGCUUCCUUGCGGCACUGCACCGUUCUGGCUAUGUCAAACUUGCUCAACGCGAACGUGGAUAGCGGCCUUAUGCACUCUAUAGGGCUAGGAUAUCACAAAGACCUCCAGACAAGAGCUACAUUUAUGGAGGUCCUCACCAAAAUUCUGCAACAGGGCACUGAGUUUGACACCCUGGCGGAAACGGUGCUGGCAGAUCGGUUUGAAAGAUUGGUGGAGUUGGUCACCAUGAUGGGUGACCAGGGAGAAUUGCCCAUUGCUAUGGCCUUGGCAAAUGUGGUGCCUUGUUCCCAGUGGGAUGAACUAGCUCGUGUCCUCGUCACCCUUUUUGACUCCAGGCACUUGCUUUACCAGCUGCUCUGGAACAUGUUUUCUAAAGAAGUGGAGCUGGCUGACUCCAUGCAGACUCUUUUCAGGGGAAAUAGUCUGGCUAGCAAAAUAAUGACUUUCUGCUUUAAGGUGUACGGUGCAACCUAUCUACAGAAGCUUUUGGAGCCUUUAUUAAGAACUGUAAUUACAUCCCCAGAAUGGCAGCCUGUGAGCUUCGAAGUGGACCCUACAAGAUUGGAAUCCAGUGAAAGCCUGGAUAGUAACCAGCGGAGCCUUCUUCAGAUGACCGAGAAGUUCUUCCAUGCCAUCAUCAACUCUUCCACCGAGUUCCCACCUCAGCUUCGGAGCGUUUGCCACUGUCUCUAUCAGGCAACUUGCCACUCUCUGCUGAAUAAAGCUACGGUAAAAGAAAAAAAGGAAAACAAAAAAGCAGUCGUCAGCCAACGGUUUCCUCAGAAUAGCAUUGGAGCAGUUGGGAGCGCCAUGUUCUUGAGAUUCAUUAAUCCAGCUAUUGUGUCCCCAUAUGAGGCUGGCAUACUGGAUAAGAAGCCUCCACCAAGAAUCGAAAGGGGUCUGAAGUUAAUGUCAAAGGUACUUCAGAGCAUCGCUAACCAUGUCUUGUUUACAAAGGAGGAACACAUGCGGCCUUUUAACGACUUUGUGAAAAGCAAUUUUGAUGCUGCAAGAAGGUUUUUCCUUGACAUUGCCUCAGAUUGUCCAGCUAGUGAUACAGUCAAUCACAGCCUCUCUUUCAUCAGUGAUGGCAACGUGCUUGCACUACAUCGUUUGCUGUGGAACAAUCAAGAGAAGAUUGGGCAGUACCUUUCCAGCAACAGGGACCACAAGGCUGUUGGAAGGCGACCAUUUGACAAGAUGGCAACUUUGCUUGCAUACCUGGGUCCUCCUGAACACAAACCAGUGGCAGACACGCAGUGGUCCAGUAUAAACCUCACUAGUUCCAAGUUUGAGGAAUUUAUGACAAGGCACCAAGUACACGAGAAAGAAGAAUUCAAAGCCUUGAAAACCCUCAACAUUUUUUACCAAGCUGGGACGACAAAAGCCGGCAACCCUGUCUUCUAUUACAUUGCUCGCCGGUAA